AUGGGAGGAAUGCUGGGAGCUUUGCAGACGUACACACUUGGAGAGAACUUCAUUCACUUGAUUGGAGCCAAAAGAAUUCUUGACGUAGGAACAUCUAUUGGCGGUUCUGCCUUAGCUUGGUCUUUAGCUACUGGAGAAGGUGGAAAGGCGCUUUGGCAUGGGCUUGUAGUCCAGGAUCCCUCUGCAUUCGACACCGUUACCAAAGCCAUUGAUGAAACUAAUAAAAAGGUGAGAUAA